CCCAGCACGCGGAGUCGGCUCCGUAAUUUCGGUUAAUCAUGAUCGCGCAUGCGCACAAUUUGUUCACGCACGCGCGUUGCUAAUCCUGCUAGAAAUUCACAAUAUUUUACACCAACUGGCCGCCGGUGGACAGGAAAUCGGCUAAAGCAUGGCAGAUGGAGAGGGUUUUGUGGUGCGAGUGAGAGGAUUGCCUUGGUCCUGUUCAGCGGAUGAAGUCCAGAGAUUCUUCUCAGAAUGUAAGAUCGCAAACAACGGCACUAGCAUACACUUCACCUACACGAGGGAAGGGCGGCCGAGCGGAGAAGCGUUCGUGGAGUUCGAAAGUGAGGAAGAUCUGAAGAUUGCUGUAAAGAAGGACAGAGAAACCAUGGGACACCGUUAUGUAGAAGUCUUCAAAUCCAAUAACGUGGAGAUGGACUGGGUCUUAAAGCACACCGGUCCUAACUGUCCAGACACGGCAGGGGACGGACUGGUCAGGCUUCGAGGUCUGCCCUUUGGCUGCAGCAAAGAGGAGAUUGUGCAGUUUUUUGCAGGGUUGGAAAUCGUGCCAAAUGGGAUAACAUUGCCGGUGGACUUCCAGGGGAGGAGUACGGGGGAGGCCUUCGUGCAGUUUGCUUCACAGGAUAUAGCUGAAAAGGCUCUAAAGAAACACAAGGAAAGAAUAGGGCACAGGUAUAUAGAGAUUUUCAAGAGCAGCCGCGCAGAGGUGCGUACGCACUACGAGCCGCAGAGGAAGUUGAUGGGAAUGCAGAGGCCGGGACCCUACGACCGCCCGGGCGGCCGCGGCUACAACAGCAUGAGCCGCGGGGUCUCGUUUGAGCGCGUUCGCCGUGGAGGAUACGGAGGAGAUAGCCGUUACGGAGACGGCGGCUCCUCUUUUCAGAGCACAACUGGUCACUGUGUGCACAUGAGAGGCCUUCCGUACAGAGCCACAGAAACUGACAUCUACAACUUUUUCUCUCCGUUGAACCCGGUGCGUGUGCACAUGGAGAUCGGACCCGACGGGAGAGUCACGGGCGAAGCCGACGUAGAGUUCGCUACGCACGAAGACGCCGUGGCCGCCAUGUCAAAGGACAAAGCCAACAUGCAGCAUCGUUACGUCGAGCUGUUCCUGAACUCGACAGCAGGGGGCGGCAGCGGUGGAUACGGAGGUCAGAUGAUGGGAGCAAUGGGAAACCAGUCGUCCUACGGGCACGGCGGUCAGCAGAUGAGCUCCGGAUAUAGCAGCGGUUACAGCAACCAGAGCAGCAUGGGAGGAUACGGUGAUUACAGUAAUCAGGGCGGAAUGGGGAGUAGUUACUACGGCGGGGGAAGCCGCGGCUCGAUGGGGAUGAACGGCCUGAACAGCAGCAUGGGAGGAGGCUGGGGAAUGUAACUACAACCUGCUCCGACCAUCACAGAACUCCACCGUUUAACCUUUCUACAUGAUUUCAUUUACUUUCUCAGUGCAACCUCCUUUUUUUUUCUUUUCUUUUACCUUACCAAGUGAAAACUUUUGUCCGGUUCGGAUUAUUACAGUUUUUGUUUAUUAUUAUCGGAUUAUUACUUGUUUUUGUAUUGAAAGAGAAGUACAUUUCUGGAUGUCUCUUUCGCAACGGAAACGUUGCCCGUCGGUCGAAAUGUAUUUAAUUGCACAAAUACGACCAGGUUUCUCUCCUGAACGUUCGGGGCGGGGAGACGUUCUGGAUUCCAGCGAGAAGCAGAAAAUGUCGUACUAUUGUAAAGAAUUCCAGAGGGAGGUGUAAGUGUAACUAUAAUGUUAAAUAGAUGCAUGCAGUCGUAGUGUUUCGAUAGUGAUCUCUCUCUCUCUCUCUCUCAACUGUAAUUGUUUUGUAGUGUGACGCGACGAACGGAUCGAAGUCCGGUUUUCAUUUUUUGCAAAGACGAGCUGAUAUUUUUGCCGCGGAUGUGUUUAAAAUCUGUAUCGUUCUAUGAACGUGUGGCUGAACUUGAACUUUUGUCUCUGUUUAUAAAAUUAGGUCAGUGUUAAAAUCA